AUGGCGUCCUUGGAACUCGCACUUUUGAGCGUGUCCGAUAAAAGUGGACUUUUGGAGUUUGCCAAAAGGCUGGUGAACGUCGGCUUGGGUCUGGUAGCAUCAGGUGGGACUGCCAAAGCCUUGCGGGAUGCUGGACUGACGGUCAGGGACGUGUCUGAGCUGACAGGACACCCAGAAAUGCUAGGGGGGCGCGUCAAGACCCUCCAUCCUGCAGUCCACGCUGGCAUUCUAGCUAGAAAGACUGAUGGCGACGCAGCAGACAUGGACAAGCUUGGCUACAGUCUGGUUAGGGUGGUUGUGUGCAACCUGUACCCUUUUGUUAAAACAGUCUCCAAACCGGAUGUCAAAGUGGAAGACGCUGUAGAGCAGAUUGACAUUGGUGGUGUGACUUUACUAAGAGCGGCAGCGAAGAAUCACGCUCGUGUCACAAUUGUGUGCAACCCUGCUGAUUACACACUGGUUGCCACGGAGAUGGAGAACUCUGAAGACAGGGAUACUACUCUGGAAACGCGAAGAACUCUUGCUCUUAAAGCUUUCACGCACACGGCCCAAUACGAUGACGCCAUCUCCGACUAUUUUCGUGGGCAGUACGGCCGUGGGGUUUCCCAGCUGCCCCUGCGUUACGGCAUGAACCCACACCAAGCGCCCGCUCAGCUCUACACGUUACACUCUGCUCUUCCCCUUAAAGUCGUCAACGGUUCACCCGGUUUCAUCAACUUGUGUGACGCCCUAAAUGCGUGGCAGCUGGUUCGGGAGAUGAAGAAUGCCCUGGGCUUGCCAUCCGCCGCGUCAUUUAAGCAUGUCAGCCCUGCUGGCGCUGCAGUCGGAGUUCCUCUGAGCGAAGAGGAAGCUAAGGUGUGCAUGGUGCAUGACAUGUUGAAAGAUCUCAGCCAGUUGGCCACCGCCUACGCCAGGGCAAGAGGUUCUGACCGCAUGUCGUCUUUUGGAGACUUUAUCGCAGUGUCUGACGUGUGUGACGUUCCCACUGCCAAGAUUAUAUCAAGAGAGGUGUCUGAUGGGAUAAUUGCACCUGGUUAUGAUGACGAAGCACUCAAGAUCCUGUCGAAAAAGAAAAAUGGAAACUACUGCGUCCUUCAGAUGGACCCCGACUACGAGCCUGACGACAAUGAAGUGCGAGUGUUGUUUGGCCUUCAUUUGAAACAAAAAAGGAACAACGCGCUUAUAAAUAAGGACUUUUUCAGCAACGUUGUAUCCAAGGGUUCGCUGUCCGAAGCGGCCGUGCGCGACCUGACCGUGGCCACCAUCACCGUCAAGUACACGCAAUCCAACUCUGUGUGCUACGCCAAAGACGGACAGGUGAUCGGGAUCGGCGCUGGCCAGCAGUCUCGGAUCCACUGCACCAGGCUGGCGGGUGACAAAGCUGACAACUGGUGGCUGAGACACCAUCCGCGUGUACUGAACAUGAAGUUCCGAGGCGGCGUCAAGCGGGCGGAAAUGGCAAAUGCCAUUGAUCAGUAUGUUAGCAACACCAUUGGAGAGGGUCCAGAUUUAGCCGUGUGGAAAUCCAUGUACGACGAGGUUCCUGAGUUUCUGUCUGAGACUGAAAGGAAAAACUGGAUCAGCUCCCUGCAGGCGGUGGCAGUCAGCUCUGAUGCUUUCUUCCCCUUCAGAGAUAACAUCGAUCGAGCCAAACGGAGUGGCGUCGAGUACAUCGCGGCUCCGUCGGGUUCCGCCGCUGACCAGGUCGUGAUCGCCGCCUGCGACGAGCUGGGCAUCACUAUGGUGCAUACCGAUCGCCGAUUGUUUCACCACUGA